GCCGGAUCCACGCGCAGCUGCACCAGUGUGGGGCCGGCAGCGGCCGGUUUUCUUGCGACUCUCCCAAUCUGCAGCAAAUCCCUCGAGAAGCAUCUUUUCGCCGCUGCUUCGUUCCUGCUGCUCCUCUCCCGCUGCAGCAGCAGGGGCUCUCCAGCGCUGCUGCUGCUGCUGCUGCUGCUGGGCGUGCGGGGGACAGCGGGGAGGUCGCUGGGCAGGCCGGGCCAGCAGCAGCAGCUGCUGGCGCUGCAGCAGCAGCAGCACCAGCACCAGCAGCUUCACCAGCAGCAGCACAUGGAGCAGCACCAGAAAAGUGGAAAUAUGUUAUUGCCGACUUCUCCCAAAUUGAGCUGCGAAUUGCAGCCGACAUCGCCGGCGACGAAAGGAUGAUUGAGGCAUACCAGAAGGGCCGAGACCUGCAUCGGCUGACGGCCUCGCUGCUGCUGUCAAAGCCAGAAGCCCAAUUGACGAAGGCCGACAGACAACUUGCAAAGGCGGUGAACUUCGGCCUCAUCUACGGUAUCAGUGUGCCGCGCUUUCGGGAGUACGCGCUGUCAGCCUAUGGGGUGUCUUUGACUUUGCCGGAGGCCCAAAAGUUUCAUUCGAAUUUCUUUAAGCACUACAAGGGCAUUACUCGCUGGCACCAGCAGCAGAAGCGCCAGAUGCCUCUUGAGACGAGAACGAGGUCUGGGCGUCGCGCUCGCUUCGACUCUUUUUCGUUUACGAAGGCGCUGAACUACCCGGUGCAGGGCACUUCAGCAGAUAUAACGAAAGAGAGUCUCGCGCUGCUGCUGCUGCGGCUGCCGCAAGUGCGGGGGCAGCUGGUGAUGUGUGUGCACGACGAGAUAAUAGUGCAGCUGCCGGAGGAGCAGCAGCAGCAGGUUUGUUUUUUCCUUUUCUUUCUUUUUUUUGAUUUUGUUGCUGCUGAUUUUCCCUCUCUUGCUCCUCCACAUGAUUCUUUGUUUUAA